CAAGAAUUCUCCUUUUGCGAUGAUGGCGCGUGGUGGUGGUGACGAGCAGCAUCUGUCGUGUGAGAUCUGCACGAAUGCCUAUACGAGCACCGGACUUCGGACUCCUCAAGUGCUCAGAUGCGGUGAGGAGAGCAAGCAGUGGGACGGGAGAAGGGGCAAGCAGAUGUGUGCUGUUGUCUGUCUGACUGUCUGACUGUCAGGUCACUCGUAUUGCGCAGACGUAAGAAAGUUCGCUGCUGCUGUGACCUCAUCUGAGCAGAUCUGCCUUGUUUGUGUGUUUUGUGCAGUGCGUCAGAGAUCUCCAAAGGCGUGCAGCCAACAACACCAUCAGCUGCCCAAACAGAUGCGGGUGAGGGGGGACCGACACGCUCGAUGCACGCACCGGUGAGCGCAUGAUGGGUUUGGGUGUUUUUCAAUGUCCCUCAGGGUGAUGACGCCCGCCGAUGUGGAUGUCCCAAAAUGCUACCCCCUGGUGGCUGCAGUUGAGGCGAAAGAGCAGCAGGGUCCGCAAAGACCGCAAGUACACGCCCGCGUAUGAUGCAGGAUGUGGCGUCUUCCGGUGUGUUCAGAUCGUGAUCGCAUGGCUGUUUUGCUCAAGUGCUCCACUGCCGCCUAUUCCCUGACUCGAGCGGAGACCCAGGUGGUCAUCGAAACGUGUCAGCUGGCGAAUGAGGUCGACAUGGAGGCCCCCCUCUCGGCGAUACGGUCACGACUCCACACACUCAUGAUGGUACGAGAGAUGCAAUUGAGAGACAACAAGUGGCGCUUUUCCUCUCUUGUGAUUUCCUGGUGCUGCUUCCUCUGUGUGGCUGCAGACGUCGAUUGAGGGCAGCAUGAUGAAUCGCAUGCAGGGUGUGUUUCUCACCAAGUGGGUCGGAGGCACCGGCAAGUCGCUGCGGUCCCUCUACCGGUGAGCAGAUGGAAUGCCAAUCGACACGGCAGUGUACUCAUUCUUGUCUUCUCUCUGUGCGUGUGUGCCAUUCCCAGAGCGACCCGUGACGGGCCGUCGUAUGGCGAUCUGCUGCGGUGUGUGGGCGACACGAAGGACCUGGUGUUCGUUGUCAGCAAGGGCGAGUACGUCUUCGGCGCCUUCGUCAGUGGUGGCCUGCAGCUGCCCGAUGACCCGACAGGCGUGAACGAGUACGACUGUGAUGGGUGGCAAUUCUCGCUGGCCGGCCACUUCACCAAGGGCCCGACCAAGUUGUAGGAAGGCAAAUGGCCAGUGUGUGUGGCAGGGCGGGAGGGGACACUUUUUCGGGCGAAGCUGGUGAUCGACGGGAUCGGUGGGUGGCUGUGGUUGGGGUGUGGCGCUGCUGCUGAUUUGCGCAGCUGCCGUCAUGGCAUGUGCUCGGUGGCGGUGCCUGAUGGCUAUGUGGGGGUGAGGGAUGAGCAUGGCAAUGCUCAGUUUGGGGGCAGCCAUAUCUUUAUGGCUGAUGAGGUGGAGGUGCUCACUGUGGUGUGAGAGUGAGGGAGAGGUCAGAAUGAUUGAGACGUGCAUGUGGUUCUUCAACAUGGCACGCUCUGAUGGCUGUCUGUCUAUAUGUGCACGCCGUUUAUCCAGCUGUGUAAUCCAUGUUUUCUCUCUGCGUACGCAGUGUGUCUCUUGCGUAUGUGGUGUACAUGCCUACGAAAAAGUGUGUUGUUGUCGUGUUCAACUUGUCGGCAUUUUGUGAGUACACAACGAUAUGACUCACCUGGACACACACAACACGAACACCGAGCGCGAGACAGACACGUACACGCACCCCCACGACAUAUACCUGGCACACCACCUCCCCCGGCCCAGGGGAGUAUGCAAGCCGGGCAGCCCUGCCGCCAUCAGGGUGAAAACGAACUGGCCUUUUUACGAAAUCCAGGGGUAGCCAAGGGAAACCUUGGUGUGCCGGACAUCCGCCCUGGUCUCUGCCUCGUUUUUGCAGGGCUGCUAAUCGUCUCCGUGGAUGCAUUUUCAUGCGUUCAUAGGAGACGCGAAUGAAUGAAUGAAUGAAAAAGAGUACUAUGUCC